AUGCCAACAACACUUUUCACCUUCAUCUGCACUCACAUCUUAUUCGACAUCUUUCUCGUGCUAUCGGUGACUACAACCAGAAAAGCUACAAAGCAACCACAAAAAAUUGUUCAUAAAAAAUUUACUUCUGGAAAUGUUUUCUCAUUUCUGGUCUUUAUAAGAAUAGGAAAAAUUGUUAGCAAGAUGGGAAGAGAAAUCUGCUUCAUUCCACCAAUUCACAAGCAAAUAGAUAUAGUCUAG